AUGGCAUCCGCAACGACGAUGCACCAUCGGCGCCGCUCCAUUAUCCAGCUGGCCCUCCUGCUCCUGGUGACGUCACCGGCGGCAAUGCUGGCGGCCGGCGGAGCCUGCGAGAGCGAGGAGUUCCCGGCCGGCAGGAGCUACGCGACGUGCGCGGACCUCCCGACCCUCGGCGCCUCGCUGCACUGGAAGUACGACGCGGCGGCCUCGUCGCUGUCCCUGGCGUUCGCGGCCAAGCCGCCGGGCACGAGCGGCGCCGGCUGGGUGGCCUGGGGGAUCAAUCCCACCGGCGACGGCAUGAAGGGCGCGCAGACGCUCGUCGCCUUCAAGAGCAGCGGCGCGUACGUCGUCAACACGUACAACCUCACCGGGUACCGCCCGCUCAGCGCGGCGUCCACGCCGAUCGCGUUCGAGGCCACCGAGCUCGCCGCCGACGAGGGCGCCGACGGGAAGGUGCGGCUCUACGGCACGCUGCAGCUGCCCAAGGGCAUGGAGGCCGUGAACCACAUCUGGCAGGUAGGGUCGACGGUGGCCAAUGGGGUGCCGGCCAAGCACGCGUUCGCGCAGGAGAACCUGGAGGCGAAGGGCAGCCUCGUGCUCACUGGUGCCGGAACAACGGACGCCGCACCGGCUCCGGUGGCCGGUGGCCCGUCGGCCGAGCAGAUCAAUUCCAACACUGGUAACCUAGAGACAGAGACCGCGCCCGAGGCAGCGCCGGCCCCGUUGGCCGGUGCCCCGUCGACCGAGGAGGCUGCUGGUGACCUGGAGACGGGGACCGCACCGUCGCCAGCGCCAGCGCCGUCCAGCGGGUCGGCAGCGAUAAUCACCACGUACGCCUCGGCUCCGGUGUUCAUUUUGAUUCUGGUGUUCGCUGGUUUCUUCGCGACUGUAUAA